AUGAGCUCUAUUACCUCACCUGGAACAGGCACCCCGCAGCAGAAGCGGAAGAGAAACAGAGUACCCCUGAGCUGUACAAUAUGUCGAAAGAGGAAAGUUAAGUGUGACAAAGGACGGCCUCAGUGCCAGCAAUGUGUCAAGACUGGUGUUGGUCAUCUAUGCCAUUAUAUGGAACAGACGUGGGCUGAAGAAGCCGAGAAAGAGCUGUCGAAGGAUUCGGAGUUGAAGCAGCUUAGAGAACGUGUGAAGUCUUUGGAAGAAACUCUUUCAAAAGUUCAUGCCACUACGACGAAUCCUAUGACCAGUGCUAACCAGAGUCCAGCGUCAGAUGGUUUGAAUGUCGGUUGUCCUCAUGCAGGUGGCAGUACUCAACGGCUGUUAUCCGGAUCCAAUGGAAAUUCACCUAUUCUAAGUACGGAACAAACGCCAUCCAAUGAGAAUAAGUAUGAUAACGAUGAGUUGGAUUUGACAAGACAGUUCGAUAUGUUACAUUUGAAAAAUAAUGGUACUGUGCAUCUUGGAGCUACCCAUUGGUUGGCAAUAAUGAAAGGUGAUCCUUACUUAAAACUUCUCUGGGGUCAUAUCUUCACAUUAAGAGAGAAGCUCACGGAAUGGUAUUCUCAGAAACGGAAAUCUAGUACCGUCUCCGCUGGUGCAGGUACAUGUCCCGUCAUUCAUGGCUCAAUACAACAAUCCAAAUGUCCAGUUGCACAUGCAACUAGGAACGUUGCAGAGAGACCGAAGAGCUCUGAGUCACGUUGCCCUGUAGCACAUGCUCCUAGGCCCGAGAAAAACUCCACACAAAAAUGCCCUGUUGACCAUAGUGCUUUCAUCGGUUCUGCUAGCUCGGGUCAAUGCCCCGUGGCACAUACCGUUGUCAAGGAAGAAGUUGACGCAACUACUUCUGGAUGUCCAAUAGACCACACAAAGUUUUCCUCUAUGGAAGGUUCUCCUGAUCCUGCAGCUAAGGGAAAGCUUCCGGCUUUGCCGUCUUUCCAAAAUUUGACAGCGAAAUGUCCAAUGCUUCGCGAGGGAACUCCAACCCCAACGUUGAACAGCCAGGAAUCUGGGCAUAAUUCGAAACGCACUAGUGUAGUGCCGGAGAUGUCAUCAGAGCAGGCCACUGAUGCCAUAAGCAAGGCCUUGCCACCAAAAAAAAUCGUAUUCCUUUUCAUGGAUAAAUUCUUUAAUCACAUUUACCCAAUCGUACCUAUACUUGAUGAGCAGACCUUCAAACUACAGGUAAAUCAAAUUUUGCAAACAAAUAAUAACCAAACAACUGUCAAAUUGACGAAGCCGUUAGAUGCUUGUGUUUUGGGGAUAUUAUUGAUUAUUUUGAGAAUAACAUGGCUUUCCUUGACUCCCAACGCAUGCAAUAUCAAGUUAGGACCAGAGUGCGAAUCGUUAAAAUUAGAACCUACAUACUCCGCUACUAUCACACAGGCUAAAGAGGAAGCCAUGCUAUUAAAAUACGAAACACCUAUUGAAACAGUGGAGAUUGUAAGGAAAUUUUUGAUCAAGUUUGAUGAAAUCAGUAGUUUCGCAAACUCCAAUGUUAACAUCACCACAGUUCAAUUUGCCAUUUUCUACAAAUUGUAUCUCAUGUCCUCUCCGGAUAAGACGGAUUAUACACAACCCAACACAUUUACCUCAACGGGUCAAGAUAAUGAGACCCACCAAGUUCUUAUGUCCAGUAUUGUGCAAAUGGCUUUCAGCUGUGGAUUGCACCGUGAUCCUGAUAAUUUCCCUCAACUAAACACAGCAGUCAAUGGUUCCAAGUUGACGAAAGAAGCUUUGUCGAAUACCGAGAGAUUGAAACAUACAUGGAGGAAAACCUGGUUCUUUAUUGUCUCACUUGAUGUUCAACAGUCUCUAUCACUAGGUACACCCAGAUUAUUACGUAAUCUAAAUGACUUCAGUGACACUAAACUUCCCUGUGCAUCGAAGAUCGAUUAUGUGAACAAUAUCAAGGAACUCAUCCUGGUCAAGAAUUUCAAAUUGUUCUUCCAAAUUGACUUAUGUAUCAUCUCUGUUUUGAAUCAUAUUUUGAAUGUUUCUCUUGCAAGGACAGUUAGAAAAUUUGAGCUUGACCAACUAAUACAAAGCUUAGGUAAACUACGUGAUGGUGUUACUCCGACGAAUGAUGUUGUCAAUGAUCUUGUUAAUAAAGGCCUAUUAUUUACCACAGAAGGAACUGUGCUUUUGGACCAAAACCCAGAGCAUUCCUAUUCGUUACCAUCCUUAACAUCCGUUCUUUCAACAGUAGAUAAAAGCUCUUCAGAAGAAAAGGAAAAGAAACUCAGUCUCGCCCACGAAUCCACCACAAGAGCUUUGUUUUUCUCAAAACAUGUCACAAUUAGCAUGCUACAAUAUUUGUUAAACUACAUCUUAUUCACGCAUUACGAACCGUUAGGUAACGAAGACCCCGGCACAAGAAUUUUAGCUAAAGAUUAUGCACAAGAAGCCCUCAACUAUGCAGUGGAAGGCUUCAAAAACUGCAUACUCUUCUAUAACAGCACCGGUAUGAACAACAUGUUCAGUUAUAUGGAUGUGCUUUUGUCGCCCACCUGCUUGGACGUCGGACAUCGUGCUUUACAGUUUAUCGUUUGCCUAAUUUUGCGGGCUAAAUGUGGCCCUUUAACAGGUAUGGGUGAAUCCCCAGCUAUAGGUAACCAAAAUAACACUGUUACUAGCAGCAGCGAAGAUGAAACAGACCAAAUGAAGAGAGAUUCAUCCCCAUCUCCAGGAAACGUCCUUACAGAUGUCAGUCUGGAUGCAGGUGAAAACUUAGCCGAAGUUCUCCUCGCAAGAAUGAUCUUAUUUCACAAGUUGACAAAACAAAUCUCUGCCAAAUAUAACUAUGCCGUAAGAAUGACGAAAUCCACAGGUUUCUUUAUCACUUUACUUAAGAAACCUUCCUCGAAAUCCAAAACUAACUCUAAAAACAAAAACCUACCACGUUUGCAUCAACAUCCAAAUAUUGCAAAUAUGACGAGUUUCUUCAAAAACGUUCCAUCAUUGGUACUUUCAGCAGGAGGGGAUCAAAUUAGACGUUGCCCGGUUUAUCAGGACGCAGUUGGGUUUUUGCCUUCGAAAGUAACAAGCGGAACCUUCAACUCGAUUUUUCACUCCACUGCUCCUCCUUCUUUCAACUCUGCCGUUACACAACAAUUGCCCCCACUGAAUAUACAGUAUCAACCAAUCACUUUUAGGGACACUUUAAGACGCACAUCAGAUGUGAGAGGUACUCCUGAAACUGCGAAAAGAAGGAAAGUAGACACCACAUCUAAAAACUUCUCUGAGCAAAAAGUUGAAGUAAAGGUGGAAAAUCCUCAAAUAUCUUUACCACCUUCUCCAGCGCAGAUUUCUGCGGUAACUCCCUUUGAGCCUUUGCUUCCAACUUUGGACAAAGUGCCUGCAGUUCCACAAGGAAAGGUUCCAUAUAGCCCAACACCAAGUUUGUCUGGAACACAGCCUCCUAUUGUUGCACCUUCUAACUUACAGCAAUUAAAUUUCAACUCUCCAGUACCCCCAUCAGAUUUAUCUAACAUCACUGAUUCCCCUGACUUUGAGGACUUCCUAUCCGAACACACAUCACUUAAUGGAUUAAUGAUAAACCCGUCAUCCAUAGUGGAAGCUGUUGGAUUUGAUGGUUAUUCUGGGAAUGGUGGGCUUCGCUUACAAGCCGAUUUCUUACCGAUAGAUAAUAAUGAUGGCUUGAACGAAAUGGCACCCAUCACAGAAUUUUCGAUGUGGGAAUGA